UUCUGAGGCGGGAAGAACGUUCCAGAAGCGUCCCUUAACAGGGUAAUAUCUACGGGCGAGGCGCUGCGGACCUCACUCACGUUGCGAAUCACCGAACGAGAAACACCUUCGCAUCCACUCUUUACACUCGAUCAAUUUUAUCAAAAGACAAACGAGAAACUAAAAUGGACAAGGCACCCGCAGUUGGUAUUGAUCUUGGAACGACGUACUCCUGCGUCGGAGUUUUCCAGCACGGAAAGGUCGAAAUUAUUGCAAACGACCAGGGUAAUCGCACCACACCCAGUUAUGUUGCGUUCACCGAUACCGAGCGUCUCAUCGGAGACGCUGCCAAGAAUCAGGUCGCCAUGAAUCCGAACAACACCAUUUUCGAUGCCAAAAGACUGAUAGGCAGACGUUUCGACGAUGCCACCGUCCAGGCUGAUAUGAAACACUGGCCAUUCAACGUAGUAAGCGACGGUGGAAAGCCAAAGAUCGAAGUACAGUACAAAGGGGAAUCGAAGACUUUCUUUCCGGAGGAAGUAAGCUCAAUGGUAUUGGUGAAAAUGAAGGAAACCGCCGAAGCCUACCUGGGGAAGAACGUGACAAACGCGGUAAUCACAGUACCGGCUUACUUUAAUGACUCGCAGCGUCAGGCAACCAAGGACGCCGGCACGAUCUCCGGCUUGAAUGUAUUGCGUAUUAUCAACGAACCGACGGCGGCCGCGAUAGCUUACGGUCUUGACAAAAAAGCUUCUGGUGAACGAAACGUAUUAAUUUUCGAUCUCGGUGGCGGUACCUUCGAUGUUUCGAUUCUGACGAUCGAGGAUGGUAUCUUCGAAGUCAAGUCGACCGCAGGAGACACUCAUCUUGGUGGUGAAGAUUUCGACAACCGCAUGGUCAAUCAUUUCGUUCAAGAAUUCAAGCGGAAAUACAAAAAGGAGCUUACAUCUAACAAGCGUUCUCUCAGGCGUUUGAGGACGGCUUGUGAACGGGCGAAGAGAACUCUCUCCUCAUCUACCCAGGCCAGCAUCGAGAUCGAUUCUCUCUUCGAGGGUAUCGAUUUCUACACGUCGAUAACCAGAGCUCGUUUCGAAGAACUUUGCGCUGAUCUUUUCAGAGGAACUCUCGAGCCCGUCGAGAAGUCUCUUCGCGACGCUAAAAUGGACAAGGCUCAGAUCCAUGACAUCGUACUCGUCGGCGGAUCAACCCGUAUUCCUAAAAUACAGAAACUUCUUCAGGACUUUUUCAAUGGUAAAGAACUCAACAAAUCUAUCAACCCUGACGAGGCUGUGGCUUAUGGAGCGGCUGUACAGGCCGCCAUUCUGCACGGCGACAAGUCUGAGGAGGUCCAGGAUCUGUUGCUCCUCGACGUUACACCCCUUUCCCUCGGUAUCGAGACCGCCGGAGGUGUCAUGACCACUUUGAUCAAGCGAAACACGACCAUUCCCACCAAGCAGACUCAGACCUUCACCACUUACGCCGACAACCAGCCCGGUGUACUUAUCCAAGUUUUCGAGGGUGAGCGUGCCAUGACUAAGGACAACAACCUCCUUGGAAAAUUCGAACUCACUGGAAUUCCACCUUCUCCACGUGGAGUUCCGCAAAUCGAAGUAACCUUCGACAUCGACGCUAACGGUAUCCUCAACGUCUCGGCCAUCGAAAAAUCGACCGGAAAGGAGAACAAGAUUACCAUUACCAACGACAAGGGACGUUUGAGCAAGGAAGAUAUUGAGAGAAUGGUCAACGAGGCUGAGAAAUACAGGAGCGAGGAUGAGAAGCAGAAAGAAACUAUCUCUUCAAAGAAUGGGCUUGAAUCUUACUGCUUCAACAUGAAGAGCACCGUCGAGGAUGAGAAGCUCAAGGAUAAAAUCAGUGCAUCAGACCGACAAGUCGUCCUUGACAAAUGUAAUGACAUCAUCAAGUGGCUCGAUGCCAAUCAACUCGCUGACAAGGAGGAAUAUGAGCAUAAGCAGAAGGAACUUGAGGCUAUCUGCAACCCCAUCGUUACUAAACUCUACCAGGGCGCUGGAGGUGCCCCCGGAGGUUUCCCUGGCGGUAUGCCUGGUGCACCCGGUGGCGGAGCUCCAGGAGCUGGAGCACCGGGUGCUGGUGGAGCUUCCGGACCAACCAUCGAGGAAGUCGACUAAAUUCAUUUCUUUUCCAACGCGUUCAAAACUCAUAAAAUAAAUAAAUAAAGAGACAAAAAAGAUAAGAUCAUAGGACAAAUGAA